AUGCUUUCGAGUUUGCGCACUGCGAUUCUUUACCUUACAAGACUGAAAAAGGAAAAUUUGGUGCCGACUAAGAGACUGCCAGACGUGCUGAUUAUUGGAGUCAAGAAGUGUGGCACGCGCGCACUGUUGGAAUUUUUAAGAUUGCAUCCGGAUGUGAGGGCUGCUGGAUCGGAAGUACAUUUCUUCGAUAAAUUUUAUCACAAGGGUUUCGAAUGGUAUAGGCAAAAGAUGCCGCCGACGAUGGAAGGCCAAAUCACGAUGGAAAAGACCCCCUCGUAUUGGGUGACCCGUUCGGCACCGAGGCGGGUUUACGCGAUGAAUCCCAGAGUGAGGUUGCUGGCGGUCGUUCGGGAUCCGGUGACCAGGGCGAUCAGCGAUUACACGCAGUCUGCGAGCAAGCGCGCGCGGCUGCCGCGCUUCGAGCAACUGGCGCUGGUGAACUGGUCCGGGGGCUGGGGAGGGGGCUGGGGCGGCUGGGGGGGCUGGCCGGCGGUGGACCCCUCGUGGCCGCCGCUGAGGCUGGGCGUGUACGCGCGCGCGUUCAGACGCUGGCUGCGCCGCUUCCCCCGCUCGAGGAUCCUGCUCGUCAGCGGCGAGCGGCUGGUCGCCGACCCCGCCGCCGAAAUGGCCGCCGUGCAGGAUUUCCUAGGCCUGAAGCGCGUGAUAACCGACAAGCAUUUCUAUUUCAACUCCACCAAGGGCUUCCCUUGCCUGCUCAAGUCCGAAGGCCAGCCCACGCCGCACUGUCUCGGAAAGACGAAAGGUCGUAACCACCCUUAUAUAGAUCCAGUGGUCAUCGAAAGGCUGAGGGAAUACUACAGGCCAUACAACGAACGGUUCUACGAGUUGUCCGGAAUCAAUUUCGGAUGGCCU